ACAGGUACCGAGCCAUGUUUGAUGUACUGGAGAUGCCAGUGGACUGGCCAGUGGAGGUCAACUACCAUGAGGCAAAGGCUUUCUGCAAGUGGAAGGGAUCGUCCUAUCGUCUGCCCACUGAGGCUGAGCACCAUCGCAUCAGGGGUGACCCGCCACCCAGCAGUAGUGAUGUGAGCUGUGACCCAGUCUUCAGACCAGAUUUCAAGGCCAACAUCAACCUCCGAUAUGGCUCCUCUUCUCCGGUGAACAUGUUCCCAGCCAACUCUAUGGGGUUCUAUGACGUGUAUGGCAAUGUAUGGGAGUGGCUGGAGGACCAAUUCAAUGGUCUGCCUGGAUUCAAGACACACUAUCUCUACGAUGACUUCUCCUCCCCCUGCUUCGAUGGGAGGCACACCAUGAUGACAAGCUAAUCUCAUCCCAAGCAACUCACUGCCCUGCAUACCACCUUAACAUCCCGAGCAACUCCUGCAAUUAUACCUCUCUAUUAGCUCUCACUGUAGCCUAGUCCAAAGCAUUGUAGAAUUGACUAUAUAGCUCUAAUCAUCCUCGGAGAGAAGACUCUAUUACGGUGAGCCUUUACCCACACACCAACACAGUUUUCUAGUAUGUGUGAUACAUACACACACUCUCUGUGCUAUGUGCUAUUACAAUUUUCAAGCUCCACGUGCCUGGUAAAUAUCUAAAUGCUAAAGAAAGCGCAACGUUGAGCAUACCAAACCACUUGUCCCCCUUGCCACUAGGGGCCAUAACAGGUCUCUAUAGUAUAGUUUAUUCACCGCUGUGUGUGUGUGUGUGUGUGUGUGUGUGUGUGUGUGUGGCUGAAGGGGGGUUCGUGGGUGAGUACUGGAGAUGAGGCCUCGCGAUUCGCCCGCUUCUCCUUCCGGAGACACUUCUUCCAGCACCUUGGGUUCAGGGUGGCUCGCUCCACCUCCCCAGCCCCUCCCCCAGUGAGGCUCUGCACCACCGAGGUCUUCGGAAUCGGAACUGGAGUUACCAGUAAUGCAGUGAGCUUGCCCGGUGUGAAUGGUGAGGAGGUCAGCGUGCCGUCCACCAACCGCCAUUUUGACUAUGAGACUGUGGAAAAACUUGAGGAGGCUCUGGAGCUGCAGUAUGGACAGAUGGAGAGGUAUUCAGUUCCACUAGUGGAGGUGGUGGAAGAUGCAGUUGUGAAGUUCAAAGUCUCCACCAACUCUGUCAUCAACUUUGGCUGUGCCACUGGGCUCACUUCCUUCCUCCUCUCUGCCAACUUUGAGAAGGUGGUGGGAAUAGAUUUCUGUGGGAGGUUCCUCGACACUGCUAUGAAGAUCCAGAAAGGGAAGGUGGUGGAGUAUGGAUCUCGGCAAGUAGCCAAACUACCCUCACAGUCCCAACCUUCACGAGUACAAUUCAAGCAGUUGACGUGGGUUCCGAAUGAGCUGGAGGGAUUUGACGUGGUGGUGUUUGAGAGUGUGGAGAGACUGAGUGAGCCUCGAGGGUGCCUGUACAAGCUGUGGGAGGUGGUGCUCCCUGGAGGACUCCUGGUCUUCUCUUCCUCUCACUCCUCAUGGAACCCAUCUCACACCCUCUCCUUCAUUGGACAAUGGUUUGACCUGAAGGAGACUACUGUGAUUGGUGGAAGACAAGUAUCAAUCUGGAAGAUGAAGUGAUGGAUUAGCGUGUUUUUUUCAAAACUUUUUUACAACAUGAAUUUUUAUCUUUUGUAAUGGUGAUGAUGAUUAAUUAUUAGCAAGAGUGGACACUACUGUUACAUGAACUGUGUUAGCAAUAGAUUGCGCAUGCGCGAUAUUUCAGCCACGCCCAUCCUUUGGUGAGCGAGCAGAGGUCUCUGAUGCGAGCAGCUCUGGAGCCUUCGAUGGAGGAGCGACGGCUAGCAACUCCGUGUUGUGACCUCAGCAAGUGCAGUAAGAGGGAGAUCGAGAGAGACUUCCUCAAUGCCUUCCUGCUGGACGACGAGCUGUUCUCUUCAAUCAGAGAUGAGAAGUACCUGUACAAGUGUCCUGAUCGUCUGAGACUCCCACUCAUCUUCUACCUGGCUCACCCUGCCACACUCUAUGUCAACAAACUACUGCUGGCCUCACUCAUAUCGAAACGGGUGAAUAGAAAGUUUGAAACACUGUUUGAGACCGGAGUGAACGAACUUUCAUGGGACGACACUGAGAACUACCGAAUGGGAGGGAGCCUUCCAGUGGCCAGGACUGAAGCAGGUGAUGGAGUAUCGUGAGACUGUGAGAGAGUUGGUGUGUGAUGUCAUCUCAUCGUCUCCCCUCUCCCUCCCUGUCUCCAUGGACAACCCCUGGUGGUCACUUUUCAUGGGGAUCGACCACGAAAGGUAAGUCUGUAACACCUAUGGUAUGGACAUGUAUAGAGAUCUAUAAUCUGUUGUCUAAGAAUGCACCAAGAGACAACUGCAGUACUCAUCCACCAGCUGCCACUGGAGAUGGUUCAGAAACCAGAGAAAUGGUCCUACGCUCCUGCUGCCAUGGGUAACACACAGUCAGGUCUCUGGUUACCCUGGCACUCAAUAUGUUGUGUGGUAGACUCCAGUGCAGGUGAGAAUGUGCUGGUGAAGGUUCCCGGUGGUCGAGUGACUGUUGGAAAACCUCGUGACUUCCCCUCCUAUGGCUGGGACUCUGACUAUGGGCAGAUGGAAAUUGACGUUCCAGAGUUUGAGGCCAGUCAGUAUCUGGUGACUAACGGAGAGUUUCUGGAGUUUGUUGAGAGUGGAGGCUACCAGAACAAAGACCUCUGGACCCUGGAAGGUUGGAAGUGGGUGGAGUUUCGCUGUGCCCGUCACCCGACCUUCUGGGUGUGCAGUGAGGGAUGUAAGAGUAGCUGCGGUGCAGACCUGAGCACCUACUCCCACUGUAACCUCCAGCCUCCUCCUCCUCUCAAUGGAACCACUCACAGCAACACCUGCUACAAGUACCGAGCCAUGUUUGAUGUAACGGAGAUGCCGGUGGACUGGCCAGUGGAGGUCAACUACCAUGAGGCAAAGGCUUUCUGCAAGUGGAAGGGACCGUCCUAUCGUCUGCCCACUGAGGCUGAGCACCAUAACAUCAGGGAUGACCCGCCAUUGUGUAAGGACGUGGAGUGUGACCCUGCAUUUAGAGCUAAUCACCGGGCUAACAUCAACCUCAGAUACUGCUCCUCCUCUCCGGUGAACAUGUUCCCAGCCAACUCUAUGGGGAUUCUAUGACGUGUAUGGCAAUGUAUGGGAGUGGGUGGAGGACCAGUACAACGGGCUCCCUGGCUUCAAGACACACUAUCUCUACGAAGACUACUCUGCCACAUACUGCGACAAGAAACACAAUCUCAUACUGGGUGGUUCCUGGGCCUCAACUGGUAGCUUCACCUCGAGGUUCUGCAGGAACUUCUUCCGGAGACACUUUUUCCAGCAUUGUGGGUUCAGACUGACUCGCUCCUCCUCCCCUCCCCCUGUUCGCCUCUGCCGGGCCGAGGUCUUUGUAUUUGGGGAGGGCAUCACCGAGAGUGAAGUAAGCCUGCCUGGGGUUGAUGAGAGGAGGAUAGCAACUGUUGAAACUGCCAACAAACAGUACCAGUAUGAGACAAGGGCAAUGUUGGAGAAAACACUACAGGAACAAUAUGGCGAGAUGGAGAGGUAUUCAGUUCCACUAGUGGAGGUAGUGGAAGAGGCAGUUGCGAAGUUCAACGUCUCCACCAACUCUGUCAUCAACUUUGGCUGUGCCACUGGGCUCACUUCCUUCCUCCUCUCUGCCAACUUUGAGAAGGUGGUGGGAAUAGAUUUCUGUGGGAGGUUCCUCGACACUGCUAUGAAGAUCCAGAAAGGGAAGGUGGUGGAGUAUGGAUCUCGGCAAGUAGCCAAACUACCCUCACAGUCCCAACCUUCACGAGUACAAUUUCAACAGUUGACGUGGGUUCCGAAUGAGCUGGAGGGAUUUGACGUGGUGGUGUUUGAGAGUGUGGAGAGACUGAGUGAGCCUCGAGGGUGGCUGUACAAGCUGUGGGAGGUGGUGCUCCCUGGAGGACUCCUGGUCUUCUCUUCCUCUCACUCCUCAUGGAACCCAUCUCACACCCUCUCCUUCGUUGGACAAUGGUUUUCUUUGAAGAAGACAACAACAAUAAACGGAAGAUCAGUGUCAGUCUGGAAGUUAAAAGAAGUAAAGUGUGAAUGA